AUGCUGCAUUCAAUCGGUUUCAUGGUGGUGUGUCUAUCGUUCUGCGUGGCCAUGGGUUCGGUUCCUGAGAAACGCCCAUGCCCAGAAGGGACAGGAAGCGCAUUCCGCAUUGAAUUGCACAAAAGCAUGUCCAAUCCCAAUAAAGAUGAAUGCAUUGCCAAAUUCAAGGCAAUAUUUCCGAAGGAUAGCCCUAUCACUUAUUGUUCAAGAGCUGUCGAGAGCAGGGCAUGUGUGGUCGCCGAACCAAAUCUAGAUUUCGAGCAACCAUCAUGCAAAUACCUGCUUUGGUUUCCUUUGACGAAGCAAACAGAUGACCCGGAUUUUGGACUGUUCGCUCCCGAUCAGCCAGAUCAAACCUGCACUGCGUACCGAUUAUCUCAACGAAUCCUAGAGCGUAUAGCCCAAGGCAGUGAAAUCUCAGGGGUUGCUUCGAAGUCUAGUGCUUGUUAUCUGGACAGAGACCUAGACAAAGACCUGGGACAACCUAUGUAUCGCCAAUGCGACAUCGCGUACCCUUAUUAG